UCUGCUGCCAAAUACAAAACGAAAAUUUCGGAGUUCAAAGCUCCCGCCGAUCCGCUCUAUAAUUAGCUGCGGCGAUGGAGGGACACGUACAAACAGCAUCUUCUCUCCUCCCUCCUCUCUCCAAUGGCGCUGCCGCAGCAAUGUGCAGAUCGCCGGCCUCCUCCUCUUGGCCUCCGUGGGCUUUCUAGGGUUGCUUUCCAGCCGAGAUCGCCGCCGCCCGGAGGUCUUCCUCCUCUUGGUCUCACCGGACGCUCUGGUGCUCCUUCCUUCUCCAUCGGCACGGCAGGUUUUGAGCGUCUUCCUCCUCCUACAACUUUGCCUCGACGGCGCGUCGGCCUCACACGCCCAUCUCGCGCUCCGGCACCUAACGAGGCCGGUUCCUCGAACUGGAGUGCCUCCGUCGGUGAGGCCGGUACAGGCAGCGGAAGGUUUGUGGGGUUUCACCUCAUCAAUGGCAGCGGCGGGAUCUCGUUUGGCGGUGGCGGUGGCGGCGUGAUCUCGUUUGGCAGUGGCGGUGGCGGUGGCAGCGGGAUAUCGUUUGGCGGCGGCGGCAGCGAGUCCCUGGACUUCACGUUCAGAACCGGCGCCGGUGCCAAUCGGAGUGAAGGAUCCUCCCAUGGUGGAAGCAGAGAAGGUAUUGGUGGAAAUGAGGGUACCAUUGGCUACCGAGGGCCUGGAUACAACCCAAAUUUUUCACAUGCCGACGAAUACCCUCCUAGUCAAGAGGCUGUUCAAACCCAAAGACAACCUAUCGAUUUGAAUGUUUUGUCGAACAAGGAGACAAGAAGACAGUACCGUAUCGAUGAUAGGCGUCACAUAUAUACUGAGAUCAUUGCCCGUAAUGGUACGGGUAAUAGGUUGAAGCAUGGAGUUUCUAAAGCUGUUGCACUAGCUUGUAAAUGUCCUAGGAGGAUAGUGCAAAGGGUAUGGCAGGAGGCUAAAAAAGGUGGCGGCAUUACUGGGGUAAAAAACAAUCGGAAGCUCAAAUCAGGAAGGAAGAAGAUUAAUUUUGACAUAGAUGCAUUGGAGGCCAUCCCACCUGGAGAGAGAACAACAUUAGAACAAGUUGCUGGACAUAUGAACGUGUCAACUUCCACUGUUUGGCGGAAGUUGAAGAUGAAGGAAAUUAGACGAAUAACGAGUGAAUUGAAGCCUGCCUUGACUGCUGCAAAUGAAAGGGCUCGUGUGGAGUAUGCUCUAAAGCAUCUUGAGCCAUGUAGCCUAACGUCCCUAGGCGGUAUCAAACCCACAUUUAGGGCUGAUAUGGAUGUGGUUCAUAUAGAUGAGAAAUGGUUUUAUCGCACGCGGAAGACCCAGAACAUGUAUUUGAGCCAUAGAGAGAAUGCACCACACCGGGAAUGUAAACAUAAAAACCACAUUCAAAAAAUUAUGUUCUUGUCCGCAAUGGCUAGACCGAGGUAUGAUGCUCAAGGCAAUUGUGUUUUUGAUGGCAAGAUUGGGGUUUGGGCUUACACAGAAAUGGUGCAAGCUCAAAAGAAGAGUCAAAACAGGUUCGCACUUGUUUUUGCUACUACUCCUACUUUGUGCUAA